GUCGACCCAAGUGGACCAAUUUAGCAGCUUUUGUCCUCGUUCGUGACAAAGAUCAGAUGAGAGAAAUCUCAGUAGCAAAUCGUGGAUUUGAUUUCAAAAGUGAAAAUAUCAUAUCGCCAAAACUCCUUACAGGAUAAUUUUUAGACGAUGUGGUCUGGUCUAACUAACACUCUAAGUAAGGCGUGAUGUGUUAGACGACGCAUUGAUCGGCUGUGGAACAGACCGAACACCAGUCUGUGCCUGCUGCUUCUCACAGAAGUGACGGCGCACCAGAAGGGGCCUAGUAGACGACUGACAGCCCUAGCAGGUGGAGCAGUCGUUCUUCGCUUCGUUCUUGUGGUGCAUCAAGAUGCCGCGUGCUACUUCUAAAGCUCUGGCCUGGGCAGCUGUUUCCUCGACAGCAUCCGCUCUGAAGCUCGGGCAGAAGGCCACCGCGGCUGUCCGGUCGUACGGCCCGCAACACUGUGUGAGCGUGAGCAGAAAUGCAAAGUCCGGCACAUGCGUUCUAUUAAGGCUCGAAGAGGGAGUAAUGGCAAUUGUACGUAGUAUUCAUAACACGCAGUUAAAACUCUUUGGCAGGAGGAGGGUCUCAAUAUAUUAAGCUAACGACCUUAGCAAAGCAAGCAGAAACCGGUAUCAAUGUGUCUGCAUUUAGUUGAAGAACUAGGGGUCGGAAAAAAUGUUGAUGUAAGUAUCCUUGAGUUGUAGGCCCAUCCGAGCCGACUAACAUCAUCGUCAUUGCUGUAGCCUUAUAUUCUAUUUCUAAAUCGUUCUACGCGCUGCGACGGCGUUAACCUCGAUGCUGUCGAGUUCGCUUUCACGUGCAGAAAACCUGGCGUACUGCAGAAACAUAGCUUCGGCAAAGGUGGCUUUGCAGCGGAAGAGGAAUUUGAUACCGCAGUUCAUUAUGGGCACUUUAUAUCGCUGUUUUCAGUUCCACCAAAUAGACCAACAUUUUGAACAUAAGAAACGUGGUCGUGAUACAUCAUCAUUAUAAUAAAUAUAGUUUUUCCUACCUGUUUCAUAACUUUUUUUCUGAGGAAGAUAGAUUUUCUAAGCAAUAACUUUUUCUUAGAAAAUAAAAACUUCUAAGCAAAGUGCGAUGUUUGCGACCUUCCUCCAGAGGUAAAUCAAUCCCUUGAUGCGGUCGCAAAAGCGAGUCGUGCGCUGGCCCCCGAAGCAGAAAAAGCCAAAGCAAUCUCGGUACAGGCACAGGAUGUGUAUGUGAUGCUUUCUCCCUGACAACCAUGAAGAUCAAGUAGAUUUUCUUUUCCAGCCUUUUUACAUUGGCAACUUUCACCUCCUCUACUACCUAAAAAUAGAUAGCCGAGACGGCUCCGCGUGUGAUGUUUAGCGUGGCAAACGCCUCUUCGCAAGUGUUGCCUACAAGCGAAAAGAAGACUGCAGCCAGUGCUGCGACGAAGGUAAAGGAGACACCCUCACAGAUAAGGCCACACUUAAUCCAUUUUUUAGUUCAUCUGUGAGCCGUUUUCAAGUACUUAGAAAAGUGGACAUAGAUGAGGCAAAAGAUGGCUUGGGCCCUAAUCAAGGAAGCUCCUCCCGCACCGGUGUACCAAAAGGUCGACAAUCCGAUAGUCUUAUGGCCCAAAAGCAUUUUCUCACCUGUAGUUGCAUGAUUGAUCUUUGUAGUUCAUCUUUAAGGCUUUUUUCUCCGUCCCUUAUAAAUACAUGUCCGAUUAACAAACAGGAACAAUUCAAGCAUAAUUAACACCGAUUGAAAUUAUAGAACAACGAAACUAGCACAAGGGAAACAAAGAACUCACAAAUUAUACUGAAAAAAACAAGGCAACAAAGAUAUAUGAACGAUUUUGAUUUUCCUGAAAUGAACGAGGCAACAACGAUGUCGAUGAGAUGAAGGUUGAAAGAGUACAAGCUAAUAGUUGAAGGAAAAAGCCCACCGCAUUUGGGCGGACAAGCCCAGGUCCCAGCGCCAUUGGGCACACGCGCCAACGUCGCGGAAUUAGAGGCUAACCUGCCUGUCUUGCAGGAACGUGGCGUAGAACUGGCAAGUUUCGGAGAUACUGCGCACGUAAUAUAGUGCCUUUAUCAUCACUUACAUCUGGUGGGAACAACAUUCUACUCUAUUGGUCUUCAUUACAACAUUUGUAUUUCAUCUAACAAUGAUCAGAUUCACUUCUAGUUCACCUAGGAUCACACAUAGUCUUAGACCAGGAUUUUCUCGUCGCACUACGGUAGUUUUUUUUUAAAUUUUACUAGGUUUCCUACGGUCCCGGCAACUGCAUUCAGACGUGGCUUCAAAAAGACAACACGGGAUCUUCCGGUUCGGCAGGCGAGGAGGUAACAACGACUGACGGCGCCAAAGGCGUUGUUGUGCCAGACGGUGAGAAGGGUGUGUGCAUCAUCAAUUAAGGCUACAAGUUUUUAGUCGGGGUUAGGGUUUAGAAUCUAUGUAUUUAGCUCCUUGUUUGGGUAGGUUCGAGUUCUUUAAGGAUGGCAUCCUAAGUGGACAGAGCACUCGUAUGAUGGUGCCACUCAGUCAUGAGCCUGAGGAGAAACGAGCUCUAAAUCAAGACCGACUGCGGUGUGGUAGACCAGCUCGCUUUUCAGGCUUAUCCGAUUGGGUUGAUCGCGACGGAUAAGAAUGGCGUGCCCGUGAGGCACUUGUUUGGUAUUUCUUUUGCAUGGAAAGAUCGAUGGGAAUCAAUUAUAGACACAUGUGCCUCGACCCCUAUUCAGGUACAGCAUCUUCGUAUCAGCAUCAUCCUCAUCCGCACCUUCACCCUCACCGAUUCCACCUUCAUAUGUUAUUUUUCUCUUUUUUUCAAUCGCAAAUCCAAUGUUCAUCUUCAUCUCCUAUUUCUUCAGGUCCCAACUCUUUUGAUCGCGUCGAGGAGUUUAAUACUCUGAUUCGCGCAAGCUCUUGCUUCGGCUUGGACGAGACCAGUGAAGCAGUGACGCUCGAGGGGGAGAUCAAGUUAAGGCUUCUGGGAAUCCAUCUUCAGAAGCAUUUUGGUGCACCUGACUCUGUAAGGGUGGAAAGACAGAGGAUUCAGGAUGACUUGUAGGAUGGAUUCCGUGAAGAUCUAAGCAAGGCACUAUCCAAGACGAUCACUACCAUGCAACGCAAGGUCGACGAGUUGACCAGCGAGCAGUCGGAAACUAGUGCCAAACUCUUAGAGGAGGACCGACAAAUCAUUAUGGCAGAGACAAUUUAUUUUUUCGCAACGGUGGAUAAACUUACUUGGUUGCACUAGAAGGAAGAUGAGUAUCUUUCUAAGAUUAAGUUGGUAGAAGCGUCGCGCAAGAAGGAGCAGGAGGAUGUGGAGCAGUCCCGAAGGGAGCGAAGGACCGCGCAGGAUCGUCGCAUCGAGCGAGUAGAGGAAGCCGACCGACGCCGCGUAGACGAGAAGGUAGAACGACGUGAUUUAUGAACUUCAAAAGGUAUUUACGCUGCCCUUGAACCAACUUGAUAUUGUAGGUAUCCGUGUAGUUCUAGUAAACAUGAUUUCGUUGAGUCUCCAACUCCAUAGUAGUACAUGUAUGACUACCCUAUGCUUAGAUGCCAUGCCACACUGCUCUUGAUAUUGUACAACCCCUGUAAUAAAUUAUAGUAAGCAUGAUCUUCCGGACGGAAUAUCACACUAAGUAAUGUAGAGAGGAAGAACUUAAGCAGAUAAUAUUUGUUCUUUGUCGUGCUUGUCUUCAUGUUCUUUAAAAAGUAUCAGAGAAGAAGCGCAGCUUGUGCAUUUCCCUCACUCUUCAUUGAAGCGCGCUGAUGAUGUGCAGGAAGAGGAAGAGGAGGAUGAUGAGGAGUACGAGAGGCGCGCGGAGGAAGAGCGCCUGCGCGAUGAGGAUGAGGAGGCUGCCUACAGGAAGUCGUCGCGGGGAGACGACCGCGAAGACUGAGCAGCCUCGUCGAAAGGGCUUAGGGCUUAGGUAGGGAUCCUUAGUUCUUUGAAAGGUUUUAGGGAUUUCUUACUGAAACUGUUUCAUCUUUUCGUAUCUUUGUACUUCUGAAAACCUAAUAACUUACUACGUACAGGGUCGUGUGCGUAUAAUUUUUAGGGUUUUAGCAAGUCAAAUAAGAUAUUGAAAAGUUUUUGAAUAGGAAUGUGGAAUUUUGGAUAGUUGAGUAGGUUCCUUGUAGAUGUAGAGAACAUACUUUCUUACCUGCUUUUUUUGAUUCACCAUCUUUAGAAAUGUACAGAGCUGUGUGGUGAUGUCUUAAUGCCAGGACAAUUAGUCUCAAUGCUUUUUCUCAAUAUUAAAAUGCAGAUUCGUUACUGUGUGCGGAUGAUUGAAAAAAUGUCGAAGCAGGUUUUUGGGGUCAGAUGUUGCGGCUCGUUUGACUAGACACAUGCUACUUUGACUAGCUCAGUAAGGAAAUGUAGCAUCAUGCAGUCAUUUUGUUUUGUGAGAUUUCAAGAAUGAAGCUUGAACCGCGAGCAAGCGACAUCUCUCAGUAUUUCGAUUGGCGAAUUAUCGAUAUCCAUGUAUACGAACCUCGUUGUGCAUCUUAUAGAGGCACAGUACCUCCUUUGUACGUGUCUGUGCCUCUGCUGCCUGCAU